GGAUGGGAUCAAGAUGAGACGACAAGACGGAGAAGAAGUUCGGGUGAAUGCACGAACUCCCCUACUGUUCGAGCUCUGGAUUCGCUUUUCCCAUAUCUGAAUCGAAGAAUAAAAAAAUGGAAGAAAACCGAAAGGGCAAGGGUCAUCGACGGCGACAAAGAAAAUAAACCCUAAGCUCGAUUGCAUAAACCUCCAUAAACCCUACCUCCUCCGAUAAACCUUAGCAGCACCACGGCGGCGAAUGUCAAGUCCGACGAAGAAGAUGGAGAAUUCCGUCUGCGAUGAGUGCAAAGCGAAUCCAUGGAAGUAUAAGUGCCCUGGUUGCUCGAUUCGCUCAUGUAGCCUCCCUUGUGUGAAGUCCCACAAGCAGCGGACAGGCUGUUCCGGCAAAAGGAAUGUUACCCAGUUCGUUCCUCUGUCUCAAUUCGACGACAAUCUCCUCCUUUCCGAUUACAAUAUGCUGGAGGAUGUGAAAAGGGUGGCCGAGUCUGCACAGAGAGUGAGAACUAAAUUAUGCAGAUACCCUUAUUUUAGGUUACCCUUUUUUCUUCAGAGUCUCCGGAGUGCUGCAGCAAGUCGCAGAACAAAGAUAUUGUUCCUCCCCAACGGAAUGAUGAAGAGGGAAAAGAAUCAAACUCGAUAUGAUAACAGGAAAAAGACUAUCUCAUGGACAAUUGAGUGGCGGUUUCACUCUACAGAUGUGGUUUUAACCGACCAUGGAGUUAGUGAAGAUACAAGCCUUAACACUCUGUUGAGGAAUCAUCUGAAGCCUGGCCCCUGGAUUCAUAAGCUCAAACCGUUUUGCGAUGUGGAGCUUGAUUCUCUAAAGUGUUUCAUCCGCAAAUACCCAAAGGGUGCCAAGUCACCAUUCAAGGAGCUCAACAUGAAGGCUCCACUGAGACAACAGCUUGGCCAAACAGUAAUCUUGGAGUACCCUGUGAUCCAUGUCUUUCUCCCUUCCCAGAGCUAUGACUUUGAAAUCAUCAAAGACACAGUCCAUGUAAACUCAAGACCUGCCCCUAAGGAUUCUGUAAACAAAGCUGAAGAAGGUCCACAUGGUAUAACCUUCAAAGAAGAGGAAAUAGAAGGAGACGAUCUUAGUUCCUUCGAGCCAAAGGUCCUCGAUCUUAUCAAACAAGUGAACUGUAGCCCAUGUCAGCCAGCCCCAGAAGAAAGCAGGGUCGAGAAUGGAGUUCCUCGCGAUUCGAAUCCUCGGGUUGAGAGAGGAGAAGAAGGUGGAAAUUGUGGUGAGAUGGAGCUAGAGCUCGAUCAAGGGUUACUGGAUACCUACUCGGAAAUUUUCGCAGAGAUGAAUCCGGAUGACUUCUUCGAUUUUGAAGGUGACUUGGAAAUAGACGACGACGGGAAUCUGGAGAAUCUUGGGAUAGGUUUCGCAGAAGAUGGGCCAGAGGAAGGAGAGAUCGUAGAGUAGUGUGACUGUAAAUAAGAUUUUACAUGCGCUUGCGUAUUCUUAUUAUUAUUCAGACAAAACGUGUACUGUAUGUACCCUUUCUGCAUGCACGUACAUGACCAUACCUUAUAUAUAUGUACACCUUUUCAUAUUGUUAA